UAACAUUUAGGCCUAUAAAUACAGGCGUAUAAUAUAAAAUUUUAAUUUGCAAAUUAAAACUGACAAUAGAUAAAUGCUAGAAAUUAAUAAGCAGCAUUGAAAAUGCCGUCGUUAUGUAUUAAACAUAUAAUCAGCUUUAGUAGUGAAAAUGAAAAACAUCGCACAGAAAAUUUAUUAUCCCUCAAUCCAAACAAAACUUGGCGUUGCGAGAAACCAGGUGAAAAAUGUGCUUAUGUUUUAUUACAAUUAGAAAAGGCGAGCUCUAUAACGGGUGUUGAUAUUGGGAACGAUCAUUCAGCAUUUGUUGAAGUACUUGUUAGUCGAACAGGCGGCACAAAUGAUACAUUUGAGGAACUUCUACCUAUGUCAUCUUUAAUGACACCAGAGGAAUCUCGAAAUUCUACAUUUACUAAUAGGGUACGUAUGUUUACAACUGACAAAUUUACUUCCGAAGUACAAAGUAAGAAAUGGGAUCAAAUUAAAAUAGUCUGUACGCAACCAUUUAAUACACAUGUUAAUUAUGGCUUAGCUUUUGUAAAAAUUAAUGGCAAAGAUGAAGCACCUUUAAACAAUUCAUCACAUACGCCGAGCACAUUUAUUAAGAAUGAUACAAGCAAUAAAGUAAUAAUUGGUAGGUUUAAAUUUCGAGAGGAUUCUCCAGAUGAAGCAAUUUUAGGAACCGGAUCACUCUUUGCUCGAAGAAAAGAGCUAAGUCAAGAGGACAAAACAAAAUUAAAACCUGCAGCAGCAAUUAGGGAGCAUCUGUUAAACUCAAACAAAUCUAAACAAAAAAACACUUUAAAUGAUUCUAAAUCAAAAGGUCAUGGUACAACAUUACAAGAAAAAAUAGAAACUCCUAAAUUGAAUAGAAAUCGUGAAGCUUUAUUGUAUAAUGAAGAAGAUGAUUGUUCUAAUGAGAGAUUGAAUAAACUGCUUGAAAGAGAUCAAAAUGCUAAAUUAAUGGAAAAAGAGAGACUGGCUAAAGAAGCUCAGAAGAUGAAAUUAGCCAAGGAAGCAGAGAAAAGCAAACUAAGUAGAGAAUCUCAAUCAACAUCUUUUGAGCCCAAAAAGGCAAAAAAAAAUGAAAGUCAGUCAUAUGAUUCAUCACCAAUUGAUAAUAAACGUUUCAAAAAGAAUGAAAAUCAUACAAUGGCUACCAAUAAUUCUUCAACAAAGAAGACAAAUACAAUAAUUGGACCAUCAACUUCCAAAGGAGAAUUGGAAAACAAACCUAUGAAAACAUCAGCUCAUUCAUCGAAAGCACUAAAAAAUGAUGGUGCAAUAAAACGAAAAAAGUAUAAACCAUUCAACAAGCUGUUUGAAAAUGUUGUCUUUGUUUUAAGUGGUUUUGAAAAUCCACUCAGGUCAAAUCUGAGAACAAAGGCUUUAGAGAUGGGUGCCACGUAUCAACCAAAUUGGAAUGAUAGAUGUACACAUUUAAUUUGUGCAUUUGCUAACACACCAAAAUAUCAACAAGUUCGAGGAAAGGGUAAAAUAGUGAAAAAGAAUUGGAUAGAAGAUUGUCAUUCUCAACAAAAAUAUAUUCCUUGGAGGAGGUUUAGCUUAGUUCCUACAGAUUUGAAAAUGAAUGAAAGCGAUGAAGAAAUUUUUAGUGAAGAAAGCAUGUGAUUAUGAGAAUGUUAGAAUGGAUAAUAUUACUUUAACAAAACCAAAAACUAUUCAAAAUUUAACUGAUGACAAAAAUGCAAAAUGUGAUCCAUUUGAAAUGUCCACAGAAAUAGAAGAUGAAACAGAAAAGUCUAAAGAUUUCUUCAAUGGUAAGACAUUUUACAUAGAUGAAAGUGUAGGAUCAGUAGCUUCUAUGAAGCUAAAUACCAUUAUCAAUUUGCUAGGUGGCACUGUGGAUAAAGUGUUAACUAGUGAUAUUGAUUACAACAUCACGGAUAACAAAAUUUAUGAUUUUAGCGAAGUAGUACAAGUUAAACCAGAAUGGAUAUAUGAAUGUAAUGAUAUGGAAAUGUUUUUACC